AUGGAGGGACAUGUGAAGGAGGGUUACAAGUUCAACCCUACAUCUACACUGUCAAAGAACGACACCACACACUAUAACCCCUGUCCAACCCCAGAUGACCAGGUUCAUGUGUUGGUUUGUCUCCUCAAUGCCAACUCAACAGAAAUUACCCCCUCAGUCAUUCAGAAGAUGAAGGCCAUCAGAGAAACAGCAAGAGAUCUGGGUAAAGUUCUGUCCAUUCUGUCGGAUCUGGACGGAGGUCGUGCCGAGGCGGUGCUGAAGGUUCUGAACGGCAGACGGGACGAGCUCCGCCGCGCUCUGCUCCGACGGACGCACCACAUCUCCUCCGCUGUGCUGCAGGACUUUGAUUGGCAGCUAAAGCUGUCCUUGUCCAGUUCUCAGAUCUCGUCUCUUCAGACUCCUCUGCUCAGCCUCAGUCUGGAUGUGAGGGAGGGCGGGGCUACCAGGCCCGUUACCAUGGAGAUGAACAGAGAGGAACUCAACACACUCAUCAGUUCACUGGAGGCAGCCAAUAAGGUGGUGCUGCAGUUAAAAUAAAGGACAGCAGAGUGAACACACAGAGGACACACACUGGACCAAAGGACAGAGGACAGAGGACGGUGUCUUCACAUACGUCCCUGAGUUUAGAACCAGCCCAGAGUGGACUGACUGUGGGGGGGGGGGGGUCCAGGUGUGGACAGCUAAUGUCCAGUUCAGUCAAACAUUUGAAAACACAGGUGGAAACACAACCAGA